AUGUUGACAUAUCGCAACGACGUCUUCAUUGCCGUUCUGGCCUUCUACACCUGCACAGGAAUAUUCUCGAUCAUCCGACUCAUCCAACAUGGUCUCAGAAAGACUGCCAGCGAACGCAUGUUACUCGUCUUCAGCAUCGGCAGAAUUCUUUGUGCUGGCUUCCAAUUAGCAACCAUCACGUACCCCACCAAUACUUCGAUCUGGGCUGGCUAUGUCACAACCUUCUCAAUUUGUGUCUCCCUCUUACUGUCGGCAUCACUUGUACUUCUCCGAAGACUUGCUCAACGUGCUGGAACCGACUUCCCUCAGGUCAAGGGUCGCGACUCGAUGAAGCUCUGUCAGAUCUUUGUCACGAUCGGUCUCAUUCUAGGCAUUGCAGGCGGUAUCAAGGCCGAUAACAACUGGGGUUCCACCGGCUCCUACCAACCCGAUGGAAUCCAGAAAGCCAGUAUCAUCAUCUUCAUCAUGUCCUGGGCUCUGGUCGUCUUCUUGACCAUUCACACACUCCGAAGUGCACAUGGCACAUCAUCCCACACACAGAAGAUUGCAGUCGCCGUAUUCGCAAUCAGUCUGCCCUUGCUGGCCGUACGCAUUGCUUACUCUGCUGUCUCCAUCUUUGCCCACCCCAAGUCAUUCAGCUCCAUUGAUGGCAGCGUCACUAUCAUGCUGUGUAUGGCUUUGAUCGAGGAGGCCAUUAUCGUCUUGAUGUACGAGGUGCUUGGGUUCUUCACGCUCGAGACCGAAAAGAGAACCAAGUCAGUCGGCAGUGAUUCCGACCAGCUCUCUGCUGUCGAGACUGGUGUUUAUACUGGAAAGUGA